AUGCGUUUCUCUACCUCCAUCUCCGCUCUCGCUCUCGCCUCUGUCGCUCUUGCGCAGGACACCGUCAUCCACGUCGGUUCGGAUGGUAACGGCACCGCGAAGCUCGCCUUCACCCCCUCGUCCGUCAACGUGACCUCGGGCUCGGUUGUUACCUUCGUCUUCGACGGUGCUCCCGGCAACCACACCGUCGCCCAGUCGGCCUUUGGCAAGCCCUGCGAGCCCCUUGCUGGCGGCUUCGACACUGGCUACAUCUUCGUCCCCGCGGGCACGGAUGCUUCCUCGACGUUCCCGACGUUCAACAUCACGGUCGAGGAUGCCACCAAGCCGAUCUGGUUCUACUGCGCCCAGCUGAACCCCGCGCCCCACUGCAUUUCCCAGAUGGUUGGUGCCAUCAACGCCCCCGCGACCGGGAACACGUUCUCGUCGUUCGCGGCGCUCGCCGCUGCGGCGCCUAGCGUUGCUCCGCCUGCCCCCGCGCUCUCCGGCGUGAACGCGUUUGCGACUGCUGCCCCCGGCCCCCUCACCGGCAGCUUCGUCGGUGUCGCCGCCCCCAGCGGCACCGCGCCCGCGCCUGCGAGCUCUGGCGCUGCUGGCUCCGGCGCCGCGUCGGGCUCGGGCACCGCGUCGGGCACUGCUUCGUCCGGCAGCGCGUCGGCGACGAAGAACGCAGCGGGCGUCGUUUCCGUCAGCGGCUUCGCGGCGUUCGUCGCGGCCGCUUUCGGUGUUGUCCUCGUCUAGAGCGGUCUCUGAGCGGUCGGGUUCGGGUCUGGUUGUUGAGGAAAAAGAGGGGAUACGGAACAGGGUUGUCUUAAUGGCGGGGUCUUCUCGUAUACCACGGUGCAGCGCGGACUGCCUACCCUACGUUCUCUCGAGCUAGUGCGCGUUCUGGUGCUGCUUUCGACAGUCUGCGAGGGGAGAAUCGAC